AUGGCGAAUUUCAAGACAAAGCUGUCCAACUUUCAGGGCUAUGACGAGCUGAACACUCUGGAGCGGCCGCUGGUGUCGGAUGUGCACGAGCAGGAGGAGUAUGAGCGGCAGCAUGGCGUUGGGUCAGCAGCAGGUGGAUACCGCCCGCCACCUUCAGGUGCCGAGUACUACCCAUCCCAACCCACGGCCGCUUCGGGCUAUCCGCCGCCGCCGGGCGCGGCAGGCUACCCCCCGCCUCCAGGGGCUGCCGGCGCUGCACGAGUGGACGAGCUGCAGGAGCUGUCGCUGCUGGCGCGUGAUGCCGCUGAGAUUCUGUGGGAGAUGGUGGCCAUGGGGGAGGGCGGCGCGGCCGUGGAGGAUAUGAAGAGCAAGGCGUACCAGCUGCAGGCGCAGCUGCGGGGCCUCAUCGGCGACUACCAGGGUGGCGACGAGGGCAUCUUUGCCAAGGCCUUUGAGAGCUUCGACAUGCUGAGCCGAUGCCUGGAGGAGCAGACAGUGAACAGGCCCACCGGGGACGAGGCGCCCCUGAUUAGCUUUGACUAG